AUGACAGUGAAGACCAACGUGCAGGAUAUCGAGCAAGAGAUCGUGGAUCUCGAGGACCGUCUGCGCAAUGCACGUGCUCGUCUAGCGUCGGCCUCUGCGUCGCACAAGGGCGGGGGUUCAUAUCUACCGGUACCGGAGGGAAUAGUGCCUAGCCAUGCGCUGCUCCUCCUGUCGGAUUCAGCCCUUCCCUUGGGCUCGUUCGCCUACUCCAGCGGUCUCGAGUCGUAUUUGGCGCACAACAAACCCCUUCCUCGCUCGGUGACGCCGAUUGCAUCCUUCCAGCGCUUCCUGAAGCUCUCGAUCGCUUCAAUGGCAAGUACCUCACUUCCAUACGUUCUGGCAGGAUACAGACGCCCAGAAGACUUGGAGACCCUGGACAAUGACCUCGAUGCGUCCACCCCCUGCAUAGUUGCCCAGCGGGCGAGUCUCGCCCAAGGGCGGGCAUUGCUCGGGGUCUGGGAGCGCGCUUUCCGGAAAACGUAUGCGUUCAACCCAUUCCACGCUAACCCCAACACUGCCGAGGCUGUGAAGGUGGUUGAGGAAUUCUCCGAGAUAUUGAAGUCCUCGUUGGGUACUGAUGAACUAGGGCCCAAAGGUCACUUUGCGCCAUUAUGGGGGGUGGUGUGUCUGGCCAUGGGCAUGGACGCCCACCAGACUGCCUAUGUCUUUAUGUUGAACCAUGCAAAGGCAGUCCUUAGCGCUGCUGUCCGUGCGUCCGUCAUGGGCCCGUAUCAGGCCCAGAACAUUCUGGCCAGCAAGGGCCUACAAAACAUGAUCACUCAACGCAUAGAACGGGAGUGGGAUACUCCCGUCGAAGAUGCAGGACAAAUCGUCCCACCCCUCGAUCUUUGGGUGGGACGACAUGAACUUCUAUAUAGUAGAAUCUUUAACUCAUAA